GGCCGGCGGAGGAAGGGGCGGGAGCGCGGCGCGCGCUGCUCUCGCGUGCUCUCGCGCCGCUCGCGUGACCGGCCGGCUUGCGCGCUGGGCGCCGGCUCCCGGGGACACGGACGGCCGGGCGCGCGCGGCUGCUGGUGUCAGGGGUAGGGGGGGAGGACGUCGGGGUCGGGGUGGGCGCGCGGUGCGGUGCAGGCGGGCGGGCCGCGGGGGGGAGGGGGUCGGGGGUCCCGGGCGCACAUCCGCGCGCUCGCUCCUGGAGGAACCUCUUCCGAGGCUGCUCUUCCCCAGCCGGACGGAGAGCGGCAGUGUCUCCCCGCCCCGCGCACACUCGCCCCGCGCCUCCCCCCGCGGCGGCUGCUCCUCGGCACCGCCAGCCCCAGCGCCGCUCCGGGGAAGGCGGGCGGGCGGCGGCGGCGGCGGGACCCGCGGAGCCGCUUUGUGUGCAGCCCGGCGAGGGGCGGCGGCGCAACCACCUGACAGAGGCCCGGGCGCUCGAUGCACCUUCCGCCCGCAUGAGGACGAGAGGCCGGUAGAGGACUGUGAAAGAAAAGUUGUCCCCCAGGAUGGACUUCACCGCGCAGCCCAAGCCUGCCACUGCCCUCUGUGGCGUCGUGAGCGCCGACGGGAAGAUCGCUUACCCGCCGGGGGUGAAGGAGAUCACAGACAAGAUCACCACGGACGAAAUGAUCAAGCGGCUGAAGAUGGUAGUAAAAACUUUUAUGGAUAUGGAUCAGGACUCAGAAGAUGAAAAGCAGCAGUAUCUCCCACUAGCCUUGCAUCUUGCAUCUGAAUUCUUCCUCAGGAACCCUAAUAAAGAUGUGCGUCUCCUUGUAGCAUGUUGUUUGGCUGACAUAUUUCGAAUCUAUGCCCCAGAAGCUCCAUAUACUUCCCAUGAUAAACUUAAGGACAUAUUUUUGUUUAUUACCAGACAAUUAAAAGGUUUGGAGGAUACAAAGAGUCCACAGUUUAAUAGAUACUUUUAUUUAUUAGAGAAUUUAGCUUGGGUUAAAUCGUAUAACAUCUGCUUUGAAUUGGAAGAUUGCAAUGAAAUUUUUAUUCAGCUUUUUAGGACUCUCUUCUCAGUAAUCAACAAUAGCCACAAUAAGAAGGUGCAAAUGCACAUGCUGGAUUUGAUGAGCUCCAUCAUCAUGGAAGGCGAUGGAGUCACGCAAGAAUUACUGGACUCCAUUCUUAUUAACCUCAUACCUGCACAUAAGAAUCUAAAUAAACAGUCCUUCGAUCUUGCAAAAGUCUUGUUGAAAAGGACAGUCCAGACUAUUGAGGCAUGCAUUGCCAAUUUUUUCAAUCAGGUCCUGGUGCUGGGAAGAUCAUCAGUGAGUGAUUUGUCAGAACAUGUUUUUGAUCUGAUCCAGGAGCUUUUUGCUAUCGAUCCUCAUUUGUUAUUAUCUGUCAUGCCACAGCUUGAGUUCAAACUGAAGAGCAAUGAUGGAGAAGAACGGUUAGCUGUGGUGCGACUUCUAGCAAAAUUGUUUGGCUCUAAAGAUUCUGACUUGGCAACACAGAAUCGUCCUCUUUGGCAAUGUUUUCUUGGACGAUUUAAUGACAUUCAUGUUCCUGUGAGAUUGGAAAGUGUGAAAUUUGCCAGUCACUGUUUAAUGAACCAUCCAGAUUUAGCAAAGGACCUCACAGAAUAUUUGAAGGUUAGGUCACAUGAUCCAGAAGAAGCUAUUCGUCACGAUGUCAUUGUUACUAUAAUAACAGCUGCGAAAAGAGACCUUGCCUUAGUAAAUGAUCAGCUUCUUGGCUUUGUACGGGAAAGGACACUGGAUAAACGGUGGCGUGUGAGAAAAGAAGCCAUGAUGGGUCUGGCUCAGCUUUAUAAGAAAUACUGUCUUCACGGUGAGGCAGGAAAGGAAGCUGCAGAGAAAGUCAGCUGGAUAAAGGACAAACUUCUGCACAUUUAUUACCAGAACAGCAUUGAUGACAAACUAUUGGUGGAGAAAAUCUUCGCUCAGUAUCUUGUCCCACACAACCUGGAAACCGAGGAAAGAAUGAAGUGCUUGUAUUACUUAUAUGCCAGUUUGGAUCCAAAUGCUGUCAAGGCUCUCAAUGAGAUGUGGAAGUGUCAGAACAUGCUUCGGAGUCAUGUACGAGAACUGUUGGAUUUGCACAAGCAGCCUGCAUCAGAGGCUAACUGUUCUGCCAUGUUUGGAAAACUGAUGACCAUAGCAAAGAAUUUGCCUGACCCUGGGAAAGCACAAGAUUUUGUGAAGAAAUUUAACCAGGUUCUUGGUGAUGAUGAGAAACUGAGGUCUCAAUUGGAGUUAUUAAUCAGUCCAACCUGCUCAUGCAAACAGGCAGAUGUUUGUGUGAGAGAAAUAGCUCGGAAACUUGCAAAUCCUAAGCAGCCAACCAAUCCUUUUCUAGAGAUGGUCAAAUUUCUGUUGGAAAGAAUUGCACCUGUGCACAUCGAUUCAGAAGCCAUAAGGUAAGCUAAAUACAUUAUAAUCCUAAACUACAGUGUUGUUAGUUUAAAUUCUAGGCCUCCUACAGUGAACUAAAAAACAUUCCCAAUAUACCUCUCAUGGUGGCAGAAGCACACUUCAUUUAAGUUGAAGGAAGGCCUUCUCAUUUCUUUGUUUGCUUUUUGGCCUUA